AAUUAAAUGCGCUACAGUUUCGUGAUGGUGAUUUUCGGCAAACUUAAAAAACUAUCCAUUUUAGUGUUUUAACUGCAUUAUAUCUUAUGAAAAAAAGAAUCAAAGGCCAUAUAAUUGGAUAAUAAAAAAAACUCGUCACCUAUGCGAUUAGGCUGGAGAACAGCGCCCAUGUGCAGAAGUUCUUGAUUUCGGACAUAUUUUACAAAUCUUGCUAAAACAUGGCUGGUGGAAAUCAAGCUCGCGUCAUACAAGUGACGAAUAUCGCACCCCAGGCCACUAAAGAUCAAAUGCAAACCUUAUUUGGUAAUAUUGGAAAAAUUGAAGAAAUCAGAUUAUACCCAACUGUGCGCGAUGUAUCAUGUCCGGUGCAGUCACGUAUAUGUUACGUCAAGUAUGCCGAAAGUAGCUAUGUACCGGUGGCCCAACAUCUUACUAAUACUGUUUUUAUUGAUCGAGCACUUAUCGUCAUACCUGUAUUGGCAAUACCGGAAGAAUAUCGAGCAUUGGAGAUGUCCAAAAAUGGCACAAUUGUACCUGGGCUGCAGAGGCCCGAUUCAAAACUGCCUCCGGAAGUUAUAAACCGCAUUGAGGGCCAGUCGCCUCAACAGGUAAUAAAGACCUACGACCCCAAACUACUAGACAACAAUUUACCAGAGUAUCCAGCUUUGCCGUCUUUCUAUGAUUCUCGAAAAAUUGAGGAAAUACGUAGGACUAUCAUUGUAUGCGAUGUCAAAAAUGAGUGGCGUCUAGACGAUUUGAUGGAAUGUUUUCAACGCGCUGGUGAGGUGAAAUAUGCACGUUGGGCGGAGAAGGAUAGUAAAACGUAUUGCAUGAUCGAAUUCUGCGAUCAGCCAAGUAUUAUUCAUGCUCUUAAAAUGCAAGGACAAGAAUUCAAAGGUGGAUAUCUGAACGUUUACCAUUCAACUGAUUCUAUUACCAAACCGGAAGCAAAAUCGAAUGAAGCAGCGCAGGCGGAAAUUGAAGAGGCAAUGACUAUAGUAAAAGAAGCCCAAAAUAUGAUAUCUGCUGCAAUUGAUCCAGUCAUUGGAAUGCUAGCUAAGGAUAAGCGUCGACGUUCUCGCUCACGUUCAAGGUCUCGUGAUCGUCGUACUAGCCGUUCUCGUUCCCAUCGUUCACGUUCAAGGCGUCGUUCUCGGUCUCGUACUCGUAAACGAUCGCGAAGCAAGUCUAAGCGACGUUCUCGCUCACAUUCUCGAGGUUCACGCUCACGCAAGCGUUCCCGUUCAAGAAAGCGUUCUCGCUCUCGUCGUAAAAGUCGAUCCCGGUCUCGUUCUAAACGACGCUCACGUUCUCGUGAUCGUCGUGCUAAACGUUCUCGUUCGCGGCAUCGUCGUAGCACAUCGAGAUCGCGUCGUUCUCGUUCGCGUACCAAACGCUCACGAUCAAGAGAACGUAAACGUUCACACCGAGCCCGCGAUGAAAAACGUUCCCGUUCUUCACGUUCACGCAGCAAACGCCGUUCACCAUCUCUAUCAACACGAUCACGUUCAAGCCGCAGCAAGGACAUUGUUCCACCUUUAAAGUCAUCAUCUUCGUCUAAACGGCGUUCGCGUACACCAGAUCGCAAGUUAAAACCCAUUACAGAAGAUAUUGAAGUUAAAAGUACACGAUCUAGUGUCGAUUCCAAGCCGCGAAAAUCUGUUAGCGUAGAGAAAUCAGAUAAUAUGGAUAUAUCUAAUUCACCAUAAUUAUGUAUCUAUUAAUGAAUGGAUAAUCAUUUCAAUCUUAAGCUUAAUUAUUUUCGCCAGGGCCGUAAUUUUUUAUUGAAAUGUAUAUGCUUUUUCUGUCAUAUAAUUACAGUUUGGGAUUUAUGCGUAAUAGUCAUUUAAGUUAACUCAGACAAAGCUAUAACAAUAAAAACAACUCGAUUAUCCACUCCAAAAAUUUGUGUAUACAAACUUUUAAUGUGGUAGCAGCUGCAGUUGUCAUUACUCCUAAUGAUUUCCGAAAUUUUAAGUAAUACAUCAAAGUUUCAAUUUAGUAAGUACUCUUUAUUGUGGUAGAUAUAACUAACUCGGUUCUACGUAACUCGGCAAAUGAAUGAUUUUUUCUCGAAUUACAUAUGUACGUCUACGUAUUUGCAAAUUUAAAAAAUAAAAAUAAACGCUACCCAGCUCAA